CUGCUCCGCACCCUGGAAUUCCCAUCGCCCAAGCGGUGACCGCAUGUGAAACCCGUCAAACAGAGAGCACCGGUUUUGCCAUCACAUUAUACUGUACCAGGCAAUGCGUUCUGUACCCCAGUGAUUCUAGUGAUGGCUCGGCUCACUAGUACGCCAACAAUAUUUGCAGCACGCUGCCAAAGGUGCCGCAGAUGGCUGUAUCAACCUAAAUAACUUGCUGCACUCUAUCUGCGCCCAAGAAGCACAUCUUUGUUACCUAAUGAUGGCGAGGACUCACUUGAGUAUGUUUAUCACAACAAUUUGAUGUGAUUGAUGUGGGUGCCCCGAUAGGGUUGGUUCGCCUCGCUCUUUGCGAUGCGUAUGGAUACCUAUUAUUUAUGCAUUCAAAUGUCGCUAGACAUCGCGACAUCCCUCUACGCCGUUCAAUUCUCGUUCCUCUAUUACGACUACGCACUCACAUUCAGCAGAGAAAUUGAUUUAUUUUGGAAACGACCUCGACGAUCAUGGCCAUUUGUGCUUUUCAUUGCCAAUCGAUACCUUACUGUUCUAGGCCGCGUCCCAAUGUCGAUUUACUUGUUUUGGUCUACAAACGAUACAAACUAUGGUGUACGUGUGUGUCCUCGCUUAUGGUUUAUAGUGGCUUGAC